AAGGUUGGGUAAUGGAGAGGAAAUUUUCGGUGUGCGAGGGGGAAUUUUCCGAGUACGAAGCGUCAAACGUUCACAUACACGGAGACAAACUCAGGGACUGGGUGGUGGUGUAUGUAGUGCAAGGCGAACCAGUGGCCACAAACUUUUGGUCCACAGAUUCGGACAGCGAUGGGAAGGACGGCUCCACUCUUCAGGAGAAGCGACAGGCUCGUCUUACUCAACCAGACAACACCAUUGCCUACAGAGUGGGCGACAGAGAUACCCUAACAUCAGUGGCAGCCCGGUUCGAUACGACCCCAUCAGAAUUGAGUAAACUCAAUAGGCUUGGUAGCACAUUCAUUUAUCCGGGACAACAACUCUGGGUACCUACUAAGGGCGAGGCUCGUCUCGGUCUUGAUGAACUUGGCUUGGACACACCAAGCCCUGACCCAUGCCAUGAUCAUGAUUCUCACGAUGAUUUACCACCUGAAGAGAAAGAGCUAUUGGACAAUUUACGACCUGUUUCGCCGAAACCAGGUCACUCGGAGCGAAUUAAAACGCCACUCGACAGUCGCACUGGGGAUGGGGAUGAAGCGGUAUAUAGAGAGAGAUUCUUGAAGAUAAAUGUUCGUCAUAUCACAGACGGACAGGGAGUUGUCGGUGGUGUUCUCCUGGUAACACCAAAUGCAGUAAUGUUUGAUCCAAACGUAUCGGAUCCUCUGGUAAUUGAACACGGGGCUGAAUCAUACGGUGUUAUAGCACCGAUGGAAUUUGUUGUAAAUGCAGCAAUAUACUAUGAUAUUGCUCACAUGAGGGUCAGCCACACAGAGGCUCUUGGUACUGAUAAAAAGCCAGAAAUUUACUACAUGGAAAAACCUACCAAGGGUGGAAAAUGCAUGUCACCUGGCAAGGAUGAGAAUUUUUCCGAAUUCACGACUGAUGAUAAUGAGAGUGUCUGCAGCUGCGCUGAGCGUGAGGGCGAUGCAUUUCCAAAGGCCUUUGAAAGGGAUCUCGUUACACCCACCAACCUCCACACCGAUGAUGGGCCUGCUUACAAGGAAAAUGAACGCAAGGAAGAGGAAAAGGAGAAGGAGAAAAAGAAGGAGGCGGUGAGUGGUGAGCUGAGCGCCCAGUCGAUGAGGAGCCUGGAGGAACGCAGGCGUUCUCUUCUCGAUCAUCACUGGGCUGUACCCAGCAAAGACAGAAACUCCAUGUCUGUCGAUGACGAACAACAGGACUCGAUCAAUUCAGACAAGUCGCAAGCCGAGUCGUCAAAACCAAAUGCCAUACCUGAGGAUGAGGAGGGAUAUCUAGUCAAACAGUCGUGCUACGAUUCUGGUAUCGACAUACGUGAACCUAUUCCUCCUAUUCCUGUAGUGCAACCUAUCCCGUCGAAAAAAAUAUAUUCCGACGCGGAAAUAGUUUUAUCGUCAGAUUGGGUACCACCGAUAACCAUUGCACCGAGUAACGUUACGAGUACCACUACCCUGGAUACCGGUCUGUCUGUCAAUGGGAGGAAGAAGGCUAGCUCUGUAUCCUUCAGUCUCGAUAGUAAUGCUGAAGAGCCUGACAAGGAUGAGGAGCAUAAACCCGAGGACGAUAAGCAGGAGACGCGCAAAAACAAGAUGUUGAAGAGGCUGUCCUAUCCUCUGUCCUGGAUGGAAGGUCUCACCGGUGAUAAAGAUGAUGAGGCUAAAUCAGUACCUGAUAAAGUAGCAAGUCUCCCCAACAGUGCAGACAGUCAUCACUCGUCAGUAUUCAGUAAAGUCUUUUCGAGCUCGCCGAUCAACCUGGUGAGUGACUUUAGCUCGGGGCUGUUUGCUAAAACGCCAAGUGAAGAGAGCAGCGGAGGCGGUAGAUCUGGUAGUACACCACCUCUUACCGCCUCCUCGCUCUCCCAGGACCACAGCUAUCAAUUUUCACCAGGGCCCACUAGUCUCUUGGGACGCUCAUCUGUGGGUACGUUUAUUCGUCAGCAGCCCUUGACCUCCUCGGGCAGCAGCAGUGUCGAUAGCGCACGUGGAAACAAAAUAUCAACACAACCACCGAGGGUGGAUUACCGCAGUGUCGUGUCUGUCGAUGAUAAACCCGAGCUUUUCGUCAGUUUUGACAAAUUGAUCCCAAGACCGGCGAGGAGCUGCGAGGAUCCACCACUGUACCUUAGGCUGCGCACUGGUAGACUAAAGGGCAAGAAGAUUCCUCAGUCCACCCCAAUCAUGAGUUAUGGCAAAAAGAAACUGCGACCCGAGUAUUGGUUCAGUGUUCCUCGAAACAGGGUGGACGACCUGUUCAGAUUCAUUCACUCGUGGGUGCCAGCGUUGUAUGGUGAACUUGAUGAAAAUUACUGGAUCGAGCGUGGUUAUAUCCUCUCAGAUACCGACACAGACCUAUCGCCGGAAGCCUCCCCCCAGGAAGGGGGAGAACCCGGUGAAUUCAUCGAGGAGAGCAAAACCGGUGAUGAGAUUAGUGAACUCACGCGAGAAUCGUGGGAGCGACUCAAGGCGCCGUACGUAAAGUUAUGCAGCAUGCUGGUCUCGAGUACGUCGGCAGACUCAGAGCAGCCCCAGGACUCCCAGGUGUUGUCCAUGAGUGAAGAGCUCCGGAGAGCCUUGUACGCCAACAGUGCAAUAUCUCUUGACAUUGACAUUAUUGUACCUGAUUUAGUUGGUGCAACUGAGAUACUCAAGGAUGAGCACAGAGAGAAUCUGUGCAGACAUUUGCCUGCCAGGGCUGAAGGGUACCUAUGGACACUCGUUUUUAGUACUAGUCAGCAUGGUUUCAGUCUCAACAGUAUGUACCGAAAAAUGGCCAAAGUUGAGAGCCCCAUACUUCUAGUCAUUGAGGAUACUGAGGGAAACGUUUUUGGUGCGCUCACCUCAUGCUCUCUCCACGUGAGUGAUCAUUUCUAUGGAACAGGUGAAUCUCUCCUCUUCAGGUUCACUCCGAGGUUCCAAGCGUUCAACUGGACCGGGGACAAUGUCUAUUUCAUCAAAGGAAACAAUGAGAGCCUAGCUAUAGGGGCCGGAGAUGGGAAAUUCGGAUUGUGGUUGGACGGUGAUUUGUACCAAGGGCGAACUCAAAGCUGCAGUACAUAUGGUAACGAGCCUUUGGCCCCGCACGAGGACUUUGUCGUAAAAACCCUCGAGUGUUGGGCAUUCAUAUAGGAUUCGGCCACCUGCUGUCCCACCAUCCCAACACUGGAGCCUAAUUUGACCUGAGCUCGGGAUUUGUAGUGGAAGACAAAUCCAAGUAUCAGGAGAGAUCAGACUUAAUCACCAUUUUACAAACAUUCAAGAUGGAGAUUUAUGUAACGAGAGAGAGAGAGAGAGAGAAAGAGAGAAGAGAGAAGAGAGAAAAGAGAGAAAUUAUAUCUAUAUCACUAACCACAAAGAUACAGAACACAGCUGAUUCUCCAGUGGAGUGGAGUCGAUGGAGUUAAUUCAUCAUGAAAUCAUGGAAUGAAAUUCGAUAAUCGAGAGUUUCGUAUUUUUGAGAGAGAUUUGGAGACAGAUUAAUGAAUGACGACGAAUAGUUGAGUUGCUUGAAUGUCUACUGAUGGAUAGACUUAUCGUAAAGUUUUUUAUUUAUAUUUAUUUCUUAUUUUGUAUUGUUUGAUGUUAGUUGUACCCGCCGAUAGAUCAACGAUUAUUUCUUCUAAAGCUGCAAAUAAAACGAGUUUUGCGGAAUUUCCAGACGUUUAUUUAAUCAAGUGAGUUUGAAGGAGGAGAAAUAUAUUUUUCUGACACGUUGAUGGAUCGAUGAGGAGAUGAGAGUAACUUACCUCAACCGAGAGAAGGAGAUGCUACCAAAAACAAUGCUAACUAACUGUUUGUUGUUGUGUAGAUAGUGUAGAUAUUAAAUGUACAUAUAUAUACUACACUGCAGUGGUUAGAUGAUUGAUUAACGCUACAAAAACCGCAAAUAUAUAUAUUAUAUAAAGAGAAUACAAACAUCAAUAUAUUCGAUUGUAUCGUGUAUACAUAAAUAUAUAGAAAUUAUACAGUGGGAGGACUCAACUGAGGCCUUGCCCAUGAUAUUUACGAUCUGAGAUAGUCUGUAGUCAUGUGUGAUUACCGAGGGAAUCAUUUUUUUUUUUUUGGCGAUAAUAUUAUUAUAAUUCAAGUCUAGUGUUACAACGAACGCAAGUGUUUUAUUUCCACGACCUUUGGAUUAAUCAUCAGUUUUUUUUUUCUUUUCUGCCAAGUGGAUAUCGUAGUCGAGGGAGUUUUAGUAUAAUGUACUCAUUAUUUUCACUCGAUUAAUGAAUUUAAAAUAUAAAUAAUGGGAAGGAAAUUGGAGAAGAGAAAGCCAUCAUUAAUCAUUGUUCACAGAGUGGCGAGGCCGUCGAGUCUUAUUCAUUGGGUGAUGGGGCUUCAACGAAUCGACAAUUAUCGAAGGGUAUUAAAGAGGGGUGUCUAUCGAAAUGACAGUGCCGGAAAAAAAUGUUGAGUAGUAUCUAGCGAGAGGGAUUGUUAUAGUGACAACCUGACAACCUCGCACAUCAUACAAGUCCAGUGAUUUACUUUCAUAAAUUUCUUUUCCCAUUCGAUUUUUUUUUGUUAAAUUUUUUCCCACGUGGAGGUGCGACCAUUCAUAAAAUAAAUUAUCUCAAGCAUUUCGCCGUGAUAAAAAAGUUUUUAUAGAUGUCAGCUUGCUAGACGUAGUUAUUCGAGAGAUUCAACCUCACAGAAGCUUGUUGAUGAUUUUAAAAAUGCUAUGUUUAACGGGGAAAAAAAUAAUAAAAAUGAAAAAAAGCAACUAACGAAAAAAUCUGAGAUGUAUUGUUUGUGAUAUAAAGAAGACAACAUUGCUCCCAGAUUGCCUUUUUCUAAAUCAUGAAAUUGUCUAUUGGGGGUAAAAGUAAUUAGAUGAGUGCAUAGAUGUCAGAUGAUUUUGGGAGAUUAUAUCCAGCAUUGUACAGAUAUUGAGGAGAAAAUAAAAAUAUCCUUCUGCCUAUGACCACAGGUAGGAGUAGAAUCUAAAUUCGGGUUGGAGGCGGAAAAAAAAAAAAAAAAAAAUCUGGA